AUGUUUACUGUUCAAAUUAAUAACCGCUUAAAGGAUAUAAAGGAAAGCAAAGCAGACUUUGGUGGUGUAAGCAUCAUAGCACUAGGCAACCUGUUUCAACUGAAACCAGUAAUGGAUGGUUAUAUUUUCAAAGAUAUAAAGAGUUCUGAUUACAGCAUAUUAGCACCAAAUUUAUGGAACAAGUAUUUCAAAAUGUUUGAGCUUGAUGAAAUUAUGAGACAGAGAGAGGGCAGGCUUUUUGCUGAAAUUUUGAAUCGACUAAGAGAAGGUCGGGAUACUGAAAAUGACAUCUUGAAAAUUAAAGAAAGCAUCACUGCACAUGAUAGUGUCAUUGGAGCUUAUUCUAAUGAACUACAAGAUAAAAUUAUGAGGCAAAUCUCUCAUGUUCCAUUAAAAAAUACAAAACAACUAGCAGCAAAGCUUCGUAUUGCUGAGGGUGGUAGAACUGAACUUGCAAUGAACAUCAGGACAGAUGAUGGUUUGACAAAUGGUGCUAGUAACAUUGUUAAACUUGUUCAAUUAACUAAACCAAACACUCCUUCUGGAAUUAUCUGGGUACUUUUUGACCCGGAUGAUGUGGGUAGAAAAAUCCGAACUAAAUUUGCUCAAGUAGUCCGAAAACAAUUUCCACUGCGAUCAGCUGCUGCAAAAACAGUUCAUCGUUCCCAAGGGGAUACACAAACACAAAUUGUUGUCAAUCUAAACACUAAACGAGCUGUUUCACAUAUUCACUAUGUUGCACUAAGCCGAGUCACAACAAUGGAAGGUUUAUAUGUUACUGAAUUGGGUGAGACUAAAAUUGCUGUUGAUGACAAUGUUGUUGCUGAAAUGCAACAGUUACGAACUGAGAGAAUUUUAAAGCUUUGUUUCACUCCACUUUACAAAAUGGAUGGAUUCCAAGUUAAAAGUGUGUUAUUUAAAUACUCGAUCACUUCAUAA